UCCAAUUUUUAUUUUAUUUGCAGAUAAUGACUCAUGAUGAUGGCUUGCAGGGUCAUAAACAGACGAAGGCACAUGGGACUUCAGCAACUUUCAUCAUUCGCAGAAACGGGAAGAACAUUCCUAGGCCCAGUAAAAUCAUCCAAAUUUGUUAUAGAUGAAGAGCGCCAUGACAGUGUGUUAAUCAGUUCAACAGUAAGGCUUCUUGAAUGUUUGGAUUUAACCAGUGCAGUGGGACAACUUCUCAGUGAAGCAGUUCAAGCACAAAAUAACACAUACAGAACUGGGACCAGUACUCUUUUGUUUCUUGUUGGUGCGUGGAGCAGUGCAGUUGAAGAAUGUCUUCAUCUGGGUGUCCCCAUUUCCAUAAUAGUGUCAGUAAUGUCAGAAGGCUUGAACUUUUGCAGCGAAGAAGUAGUUUCUCUUCAGGUACCUGUUCAGAAUAUAUUUGACCAUAUAGACAGCACAAAGACAUUUUCUGUGCUUGAAACAUCUAGUGUCAGCUUGUGUCCUUUCCUGCAAGUUCCAUCAGAUACCGAUUUGAUACAGGAAGAGCAUGUUCUCAAAGAUGUUGGCGCUCAAUCAUUGACUGUGUGCCAUCUUUCUGGGAUACCUGUUACAUUACCUAAAUUCUCAAAACCUCAGGCUAAGCCUGAAGCAGAAAACACAUCACAAACCCUAAAAAACAGCCUGCUUGCAGAUACUUGCUGCAGAAAGUCAGUACUCACCCACAGCAGGCAUUUUAACAGGACAGAUAGUGCUGAACGGACAAACCAACCAGAUGGAUUUCUGGAACGUCAUGCAGCUAUUCCCAGAAUUUACAGAUGUAAAGAUUUGGUAGAAUUGGCAGGAGGUUUGAGUCAUGGAGAUCACAGCAGGAUGAAAUUAGUAGAAGCAGCAGUGUGGUUGCAGUAUCAGAGCGGGUGCGUACAACAAGGGAACUGUACAAUGCCAUUUGUAUUUGACAUCUCAAGAAUCCUUACUCUCUGUGUACCAGAAUUACCUGAAACUUCUUCUUGUGUUUGUCCAGGAUAUAUUACUGUUGCAUCAAUGUCUAAUAGUACUCUGAUCGAGGAAUUGCAGAAUCAUCCGGUCCGGAUAGUUCUCAUUGAGGGUGACCUCACAGAAAAUUAUCGCCACCUGGGAUUUAAUAAGUCUGCAAAUACGAAAACAGUAUUAGAUAGCAUGAAGUUUCAAGAAGACAGCUCAGAAGAACUGUGGGCAGAUAACAUGUUACAAAUAUUAAUCCAGUUCAGUGUGAACCUUGUCCUGGUACAAGGAGCUGUGUCCGGAUGCUUAACUGAGAAAUGCGCACACAGGAAGCGGCUGAUAAUUGGAUUGGUGAGUGGCAGUGUGCUGCAGGCUUUUGCAGAGGCAUCAGGAGCUGUACCAGUGGCCUACAUGACACAAGUGAAUGAAGACUGCGUGGGAAAUGGGGUCUCUGUGGCCGCGUGGAGAAGCAGUCCCUUGGGUGUUGUAGAUGGGAACAACAGAAUGACCAUCUUGUUGAAGACAGAAGGAAUUAAUCUGGUUACAGCAGUGCUCACUAGCCCAGUUACUGCACAGAUGCAGACCAAAGAAGAUAGGUUCUGGACUUGUGCCUAUCAUUUGUAUCACGCUCUGAAAGAGGAAAAGGUCUUCCUUGGAGGUGGUGCUGUUGAAUUUUUGUGUCUUAGUCAUCUCCAAGCCCUUGCAGAGCAACCUCUGAAAAAAGGAAACCAUGCCUGUUCAGGGUGCCUUCAUAAUAAUACCUCUUGGCUGGCUUCAUCUCUGGCAGUAUAUAGACCAACUGUGCUUAAAGUCCUGGCGAGUGGGUGGCAGAAAUACCUUUCAACCCUCAUGUGCAACACUGCCAGUUACUCAUCAGAAUUUGAAGCCAGCACAUUCAUUCAGCAGCAUCUACAAAAUGCCAUGGAUUCUGGCUCUCCUUCAUCUUACAUCUGGAAUGAAUAUAAUAAACUAAAUGGUGGAGUUUUUAAUCCAGGCAUUUCAAAUAAACUGGAGCAUAUUCCAAGAGUUUAUGACAUUGUUACACCAAAGAUUGAGGCGUGGCGCCGAGCAUUAGAUUUAGUGCUGUUAGUACUUCAGACAGACAGUGAUAUUGUUACUGGACUUGGACACACACAGAUAAAUUCACGGGAAUCAGAGGGCUUUUUAUUUUUGUAGUGUUAUUAGCUGAGUCUUUGGAAAAUAAUCUUU